CAGGCAAGCUUUCCAAAGCUGCUUCUUCCUGGGAUGAACUCGGUCAACUUCCUCUUGUGUUUUUGCACCGGGUAGGGACAGCAAAGAGGUGACAGAAAGAAAAGGAAACAUACCUGCUCCGAUGGACAGUAGGCCAGAUUAACCUGGUAUUAUAGUUUGGGACAAAACGUUUUACAAAUAUUUUAUAUUGAUUUAAUCUCAAUUAAGUCACUAAGUGGCUGGCUCGAACUUGUUAUUCUCCCGCCUCAGCCUCCCAGAAUGCUAGGACAAUGCAUUUUCAGAUGAACAGCACGACUGUGUGCAGCACUGAGGAAAAUCCGAGUCAAGAUGAAGACAGAUGCCAAGGGUUUAUCCCAUUUUACUCACCUGUCGGACCUCUAUAGGGUCAAGCAAAGAAUCAGCGUUUUAGCAGAAACAGCGACCCUCACAGCCAGGUUCACUUAGCCCCAGUACAUCUGGCCACCCUCACCCCAUGUCCUGAGGGUCACCCCUGGCUGGUCGCUGUGACUCUCCCUAGCUUGGCCUGGGGCCACUGAGAAAGCAGGGGACAGAGAGGUGUCAGCCAGGCAGGGUUCCUGUUGGCCAGGAUGGGGGAUCCCAGCCCCCCCAGACCCACAGAGAGACCCCCUCGUGGGUCCCCUGGACCUGUGCCACCAGCCCUGCCACGGUGCUGCAGACGCCCCUGCUUUGACCCAGUUCAGCCCUGCACCUCUGACCGGAGUCCCUGCCGAGGGGAGCCGGGCCCCUCCCCGAACCCCCUGUCCACUGUGCCCUUGGUGACCGGAGACCUGGGCCCUUCCCCUACCGCCCAGCAGGCAGAAAGUCAAUAAUGGAUGGGAGAGGAGGGUCCUCCACUCCAGCCCCUCUGGACCCCCCACCCCUGGCUCCUCAGGGCUGGGCUGGGUGGGAGCCAGAGGGCGGACUUCUCUGGGGUUCAGUGUCCAGGCUAAAGUCCGUCAGGAAGGCUCAGAUAGCAGCCCCCCAGCACCCCCAGGGGCAGCCCCCCAUGGCAGGGCAGAAGAUGUCAGCUCCUUCCGGAACCUUCCAGGCACCAGCGGCAGGUCUGGCCGAGCCUUGCUCCGCUCUCUGGCCCCCCGCCCCCAAUCCGGGUCUGGUGUCCAGGGUGACCAGAGCCGCCUCUGGGCAGGAAGCCAGGGCAGAAAGCCCAGGACAUCCCUGAGCGCCUGUCACCAUGGCAAUGUGCCUGCUACACACCCACCCCAGCCCAGGUCCAGUAGGGUUUCUUCAAAUUCAGAGCGUCAGAAUGGGAAGGGCCUCCCAGAUCAGCCAGUGCCAGCCCCUCCUCCGUCCCAGGGAGGGGUUCGGAGUCUGAUCUCCCAGGAGGGACAGCGGGCAGGCGGGGAUGUGCCGGCAGCCGGAACCCGACACUGACAAUGAAUAAAUGAUGCUGCUUGCCCGCCGCAGCCAGAGCUCCUGGACAGCCGCCACCCAGCGCCAGCACCACUAGCCGGGCACUCGCCGAGUGGCCCACCGCCUGCCACGGUCUCUGCAAGCCGCAGCUGCAGGAAGAUGGCCGGGCAGCGGCAGGGCACGGGGCCCCUGUGGGCACUGGGGCUGUGCCUCGCCGGGGUCGCCGGGCAGCUGGUGGAGCCCAGCACCGCCCCGCCUAGGCCCAAGCCACCCCCGCUGACCAAGGAGACCGUGGUGUUCUGGGACAUGCGGCUGUGGCACGUAGUGGGCAUCUUCUCGCUCUUCGUGCUGUCCAUCAGCCAGUGCCAUACCCUGGCCCAACUGGCAUGGGCGCAGCUGCUCUCGGUGGAAAACCACUCCUGGAAUAGCUCUGUAAUCACCCUGUGCUGCAUCUUCAACUGCCGCGUGCCGCGGACCCGGAAGGAGAUCGAAGCCCGGUACCUACAGCGAAAGGCAGCCAAGAUGUACACAGACAAGCUGGAGACCGUGCCGCCCCUCAACGAGCUCACGGAAGUCCCUGGAGAGGACAAGAAGAAGAAAAAGAAGGGCGGCGUGGACACAGUGGCCAUCAAGGUAGAGGAAGACGAGAGGAACGAGGCCAAAAAGAGGAAAGGAGAGAAAUGAGGAGCCCCGCGAGGCGGCAGCCGGGCUGGCAGGCCGGGACCCGGGCAGCUUGGGCUCUGAGCUCAGGUGUGGCCCACGGAGCUGUGUCCUCAGGACGCGGCCAAUCCGCAUGGCCCGGCAGGUGCAGGGACGAGACCACACAGGUGCCGGCCUCCCGCCCCCUGGCGCUUUCCGAGGGCUGCUGGCCCCACCCGGCUGCGCCUCCGCUCACCCUUGCUGCUGGGGGCAGCAGUGGCCAGGUGGUGGCGGGAGCAGUUUCCUCUGCACCGACAGGCUGGAGUGACAGACCACCCCCGGCUGCACACAGGCAGAGAGAGGCCGCCUGAUGACGGGGAGCCUGCCCCAAGCCUGGCGGGGUCCUGUCCCUGGGGUGAGGGGGGCGGGAAACAGGAGACCCUGGCCCAGCGGACCCCAACCUCCACACCAUGACGUGCACUUGCUUCGUCUCUCCCAAUGGAGCUGAGCUGAGCUGGGAGACACUGAUGUAAGGCCCAGGGGCCCCCAGCUCCUAGGUGGGCUCGGGGUACAGAGAAUCAGGGAUGUGCAGCCGCCGUGGCAGCUCUUUCUACGGCCAGCAGUGGCCGGAGGUUUCAGGGUCCUAGGGGCUCGAAGCAGGGCCACAGCCAGCUUCCAGCUGCUCUGUAGGGUGGCCUCCUCCCUCCCCACUGCCAACAGCAGCGUCUCUGACUGCACCAAGGGGGCUGGCCCUGGGGAAGGGAGAGGGGCAGGGGCUUCCACGGCUCCGGCUCCGACCUGAGCCUGGGGACUCAGGAGGCAGCACAGGAGGUUCCCAGCUGGGGCGCUGCUGGAAAAGCAGCCUGCAGAUUUGUAAAUAAA